AUGUCAAAUCGGGACACAAGAUCACAAUCUGUAAAAGAUGAAGUGAAGACUGAGAUUCUGGACCAUGUUAUCAAAAAGGAGAUAAAGACUGAGCUACAGGAAGUCAACGGGAAGUCUCAUGGUUUUAUUUGUCCCACAUGUAAAGCUCAUUUCCUUUACGAUGAGUUCUUUAUGGAGCAUAUUAAAGAACACCACGAGGAUAUGGCUGGGUACAAUCCCUACAAAUGCAGCGAUUGUAAAUACACAAGCUCUUCUAAAUCAAAUCUUAUUCAUCAUCAACGAAUUCACACCGGUGAGAAACCCUACAAGUGUGAACAUUGCUCAUAUGCCUGUUCUCGAAAAGGUGAUCUAGUCUUACAUCAGCGAAUCCACACAGGUGAGAAACCCUACAAGUGCGAGGAAUGCUCAUUUGCUUUCACUCAAAAAGGUAGUCUAGUUAAACAUCAGAAAAUUCACACAGGAGAGAAACCCUACAAGUGUAAAGAAUGCUCAUAUGCUAGUUCUCAAAAAUGUAAUCUAGUCUUACAUCAACGAAUUCACACCGGUGAGAAACCCUACAAGUGUGAUGUAUGCUCAUUUGCUUUCACUCAAAAAGGUAGUCUAGUUAAACAUCAGAGAAUUCACACCAGUGAGAAACCCUUCAAGUGUAAAGAAUGCUCAUAUGCUUCUUCUCUAAAAUGUAAUCUAGUCCAACAUCAGCGAAUUCACACAGGUGAGAAACCCUUCAAGUGUGAACAUUGCUCAUAUGCUUGUUCUCGAAAAGGUGAUCUAGUCUUACAUCAGCGAAUCCACACCGGUGAGAAACCCUACAAGUGCGAGGAAUGUUCAUUUGCUUUCACUCAAAAAGGUAGUCUAGUUAAACAUCAGAAAAUUCACACAGGUGAGAAACCCUACAAGUGUACAGAAUGCUCAUAUGCUUCUUCUAUAAAAUGUAAUCUAGUCCAACAUCAGAAAGUUCACACUAAUGAAAGACCAUUCAAGUGUGAACAGUGCUCAUAUGCUUGUUCUCUGAAAGGUAAUCUAGUGAAACAUCAGCGAAUUCACACAGGUGAGAAACCCUUCAAGUGUGAACAGUGCUCAUUUGCUAGUUCUCAAAAAGGUAAUCUAGGCUCUGUGCUGGGUCCGGUCCUGUUCAACAUCUACAUUCGCUCUUUGUACUCAGCAGCACAUGAUUUGAACUUCUCCAUCCAGGGUUACGCCGACGAUCAUCAGCUGUAUAAAAGUUUCAAGCCAAACGAGGAGCCCACCGUCCUUAUCAACGAUGUUCCCAAAUGUUUCCAAGAAAUUAAUGACUGGAUGAAAAAACAUUAUCUACAGCUCAAUGCAGGAAAAACUGAGAUUCUUGUUUUUGGGACACCGCUUGUUCUCCAGCAGCUGUCUAUAGGGGGCGUGUUUGUUAACUCUGAGACGUGUGUCAGGCUGUCACCUGUUGCAAAGAACCUCGGAUUUCGUCUCGACUCUCAACUAAACUUUGGUGAGCAAAUCAAGCAACUUAAAACAUCGUGUUUUCUGAAACUAAGAGACCUUGCUAAGAUGAAAACAUUCCUCACAACCAAACAGAUGGGAACACUGACUCAAGCAAUUGUAAUCUCAUCGCUAGACUACUGCAAUGCGCUUUACUAUGGUUGUAGUCAAGCCUCAAUUACGCAGCUGCAGAACAUUCAGAACCGAGCAUGCCGUCUGGUUUUUGGAUUAAAGAAGAGAGACUCAGUCGAGGAGAAGCUCAAAUCCCUUCAUUGGCUCAAGCUUAAGUCCAUGGCUGACUGUGACAAAAUGGGGAGAAAUCAUAGCUGUGAUACUGAUGAGAAGGAUUUGGGUUUGACAGUUGGGCAGCAGGUGACUGCUAAUCCUUUUCGGGAUAAGAUAGAGUACCAAGCAACCAUCCUACGCCGCGUUAAGAGGGGGAUCUUUGAACUACAGUUCGAUGAUGUUUGCUGCAACGUGUCUAGAAAAUAUAUAAAGCUGAUAACAGAUCAAACGGCAGACGAUACCGGAUCUGUAAUGGAUGGUCCAGCUGAAGACAAGACCGGAUCUUUAAUGGUUGGUCCAGCUGAAGACAAGACCGGAUCUGUAAUGUGUGGUCCAGCUGAAGACGAGACUGGAUCUGUAAUCGAUGGUCCAGCUGAAGACGAGACCGGAUCUGUAAUGAAUGGUCCUGUUGAAGACGAGACCGGAUCUGUAAUGGAUUGUCCAGCUGAAGACGAGACCGUAUCUGUAAUGGGUGGUCCAGCUGAAGACAAGACCGGAUCUGUAAUGGGUGGUCCAGCUGAAGACAAGACCGGAUCAGUAAUGGGUGGUCCAGCUGAAGACAAGACCGGGUCUGUAAUGGGUGGUCCAGCUGAAGACAAGACCGGAUCUGUAUUGGGUGGUCCAGCUGAAGACAAGACCGGAUCUCGAAAAAACGACAAUAAAGCUAAUAAGCAAAUGAGUUAUUCUGGAAUUUUAGAGAAAGAGAACAAUUCAAAAAAAAACCCCUAUGAACGUAAACCAUUUGAAUGUAAUGUUUGUUCCUUUUCUUCCUCCUCCGAACCUCUUCUUCUGAAACAUCUUCUGAAACAUCUUCUGAAAUAUCAGAGAGUUCAUACUAAAGAAAAACCUUUCGAGUGUGAACAGUGCUCAUAUGCUUGUUCUUAUAACCAUCAUCUAGUUCUACAUCAGCGAAUUCACACCGGUGAGAAGCCCCACAAGUGCAAGGAAUGCUCAUAUGCUUGUGCUCAAAAAAGUAGUCUAGUCGAACAUCAGAGAGUUCACACUGGUGAAAGACCAUUCAAGUGUGAACAUUGCUCAUAUGCUUCUUCUCAGAAAGGCACUCUAGACUUACAUCAACGAAUUCACACUGGUGAGAAACCCUACAAGUGCGAGGAAUGCUCAUUUGCUUUCACUCAAAAAGGUAGUCUAGUUAAACAUCAGAGAAUUCACACUGGUGAGAAACCAUACAAGUGCGAGGAAUGCUCAUUUGCUUUCACUGAAAAAGGUAGUCUAGUUAAACAUCAGAAAAUUCACACAGGUGAGAAACCCUUCAAGUGCAAGGAAUGCUCAUAUGGUUGUAUUAAGAAACAUGAUCUUAUCAUACAUCAACGAAUUCACACUGGUGAGAAACCCUACAAGUGCGAGGGAUGCUCAUAUGCUUGUUCUCGAAAAUCUAAUCUAAUCCAACAUCAGCGAAUUCACACAGGGGACAAUCCCUACAAAUGCAGCGAUUGUAAAUACACAAGUUCUUCUAAAUCAAAUCUUAUACAUCAUCAACGAAUUCACACCGGAGAGAAACCCUACAAGUGCGAGGAAUGCUCAUAUGCUUGUUCUCGGAAAUAUAAUUUACUCCAACAUCAGCGAAUUCAGCAUUUUCUUAAGUCCAUGGCUGACCGUGAUAAAAUAGGAAGAAAUCAUGGCUGUGAUACUGAUGAGAAGGAUUUGGGUUUGACAGUUGGGCAGCAGGUGACUGCUAAUCCUUUUCGGGAUAAGAUAGAGUACCAAGCAACCAUCCUACGCCGCGUUAAGAGGGGGAUCUUUGAACUACAGUUUGAUGAUGUUUCCUGCAACGUGUCUAGAAAAUAUAUAAAGCUGAUAACAGAUCAAACGACAGACGAGACCGGAUCUGUAAUGGAUGGUCCAGCUGAAGACAAGACCAGAUCUUUAAUCGAUGGUCCAGCUGAAGACGAGACCGGAUCUGUAAUGAAUGGUCCUGCUGAAGACGAGACCGGAUCUGUAAUGUGUGGUCCAGCUGAAGACGAGACUGGAUCUGUAAUCGAUGGUCCAGCUGAAGACGAGACCGGAUCUGUAAUGAAUGGUCCUGCUGAAGACGAGACCGGAUCUGUAGUGGAUGGUCCAGCUGAAGACGAGACCGUAUCUGUAAUGGAUGCUCCGGCUGAAGGCAAGACCGGAUCUGUAAUCGAUGGUCCUGCUGAAGACGAGACCGGAUCUGUAAUGGAUGGUCCUGCUGAAGACGAGACCGUAUCUGUAAUGGAUGGUCCGGCUGAAGACGAAAUCGGAUCUGUAAUGGAUGGUCCAGCUGAAGGCGUGACCGGAUCUGUAAUAAAUGGUCCAGCUAAAGACGAGACCGGAUCUGUAAUGGGUGGUCCAGCUGAAGACAAGACCGGAUCUCGAGAAAACGACAAUAAAGCUAAUAAGCAAAUGAGUUAUUCUGGAAUUUUAGAGAAAGAGAACAAUUCAAAAAAAAACCCAUAUGAAGGUAAACCAUUUGAAUGUAAUGUUUGUUCCUUCUCUUCCUCCUCCGAACCUCUUCUUCAGAAACAUCUUCUGAAACAUCUUCUGAAACAUCAGAGAGUUCAUACUAAAGAAAAACCUUUCGAGUGUGAACAGUGCUCAUAUGCUUGUUCUUAUAAACAUCAUCUAGUUUUACAUAAGCGAAUUCACACUGGUGAGAAGCCCCACAAGUGCAAGGAAUGCUCAUAUGCUUGUGCUCAAAAAAGUGGUCUAGUCCAACAUCAGAAAAUUCACACUGGUGAAAGACCAUUCAAGUGUGAACAUUGCUCAUAUGCUUCUACUCAGAAAGGCACUCUAGACUUACAUCAACGAAUUCACACUGGUGAGAAACCAUACAAGUGUAAGGAAUGCUUGCUUGCUUUUACUCAUAAAGGUAGUCUAGAUAGACAUCAGCGAAUUCACACAGGGGAGAAACCCUACAAGUGUACAGAAUGCUCAUAUGCUUCUUCUAUAAAAGGAAAUCUAGUCGUACAUCAGAAAGUUCACAGUAAUGAAAGACCAUUCAAGUGUGAACAGUGCUCAUAUGCUUCUUCUCAUAAACGCCUUCUAGUUUUACAUCAGCGAAUUCAAAUGAGGCUGUUUUCAGAGGACCUGGAACUCAGAAGCGAGGAGCGCACGAAAAAGAAACCCAGUAAAGUUUAA